GCUCUGCUCUGCUCUGCUCUUUUGUGUGUGUGUGUAUUACAGACAUGGCCACUCUGUUCUGUUCACUCACUGUGCUGCUUUCUAUUACCAGUUUUUCUCAGGCAGUGACUGUCACUCAGACACCCGAGAUCUUACUGAGCAGCAAAAGAACAAAUGUGACGAUAAACUGUAAACAUGAUCAAAGCACUCACUACCAAAUCUACUGGUACCGGCAAGUCAGAGAUGGAGGAUUAACUUUAAUAGGUUAUUCAACUGGUGCGAAUCAUAAAGAAAUAGAAAAAGGGUUUGAAUCCAAGUUUGGCAUAAUUAGACCAGACACCUACCACUCCUCUUUAGAAAUAACAAGCUUAACAUCUGAAGACACUGCCGUGUAUUUCUGUUGCCACUAUAGCACAAAAGCUAUUAAAGUCUGCCUUGGCAGUCAGCCCAAAGCCCAUCUGUGUCUGGUUGGGAAGGCAGUUUUACUGCAGCUGUCAAACAGUGUGAACAAUAACCCAGCUCACUUCGGAAACGGCACCAAACUCACAGUGCUAGAGCAUGAUAUUUCUGAACCUAUACUUCACAUCCUCGAGCCGUCGAAGGAAGAGAUUGUGCAGAAGAAGCGGGUGACCCUGGUGUGUCUGGCCACUAAUUUCUACCCGGAUCACAUUAAUAUCACCUGGAAGAUCAAUGGCAAGAAUAGAGAUGACGGGGUUAAAACAGAUGAUUAUGCUAUCAAGGACAAUAACGCCAACAACUACAGCAUCAGCAGCCGGCUAAGACUGACUCCGAGCGAAUGGUUUAACCCCCAGAACAUCUUCACCUGCGCUGUGAAGUUCUACAAAGGAGACGGUUCAGAAACUGUAACUCCUGAAAAACACAUUUCUGGAAAGGAUGGAUGUGGCAUGACUAAAGCUUUAAAUCGGAAUGAAUCAGUGGCUGCACAGAUUUCAUACAUGCUGUUGGUUGGCAAAAGUUUAAUGUAUGGACUGUUCGUGACAUUUCUUGCGUGGAAACUGAGGCCUAAUUCUUCAAGCAAGCGCUUAAACUGAGAGAAGAGAGAGCAGCUAAACGGAAGAGACGAAUGAUCGGCUUCUUUGAUUAUUUCAGCUUUAGAUUUUCUUAAUACGUCUGUAAGCUUGGUGCAUGUAUGCUUCAGAACAUGUUUGGUAAUUACUAGAAAUGAAUACGAUAGAGUACAUGUUAGUUUUGCCAAUGCGUUUGAACUUUUCAAGCUUGCCUACUUUACAGCCUAAUAAACUAGCUUAAUAAAAUCA